AUGGGAAACCAGGCAGAGAUGGGAAACCUGGCAGAGAUGGGAUACCAGGCAGAGAUGGGAAACCUGGCGAAGACGGAAAACAUGGCCAUGAUGGGAAAUCUGGGGCAGAGGGUAAACCUGGAAAAGAUGGAAGAGAUGGUGUUCCAGGUCAAAACGGACUCCAGCCUUGUUAUAGGUCUGCCACCAAACACGACUGUAGGGGGAGCUGUGUACACAAGAUGGGGGCGGACCACCUGUGGGGCUUCUUCUAAACUUCUUUAUAAAGCUUCCAUUUGCCCAAGUGCAUGCAGGGGUCUUCCAGGUAGGGAUGGCAGAGAUGGGACACCUGGCCGUGACGGAAAAUCUGGUGAUGUAGGGAAACCAGGCAGAGAUGGGAAACCUGGCAGAGAUGGGAUACCAGGCAGAGAUGGGAAACCUGGCGAAGACGGAAAACAUGGCCAUGAUGGGAAAUCUGGGGCAGAGGGUAAACCUGGAAAAGAUGGAAGAGAUGGUGUUCCAGGUCAAAACGGACUCCAGGGUCCCCCAGGCCCUGCAGUGACAGAUGACAGAAUUAAAGAUCUUAUCCAAAACCUAGGUUACUCAGCUGGCAAUAAUCAUGUUACUAAAGGUGGUGGUAACAACUACCUAUGUCUGCCUGAAGUACCACAGUGGGGCAAACCCCAAAAUGGCCGCCAGAAUUCUGGAUCCUAUAUAUAUGGUGCCGAAUAUAAGAUGGGAUACUUCAGCAAUGACCCAUUCCUGAGGACCAAUACCAAGGGGCAAAAUCCCAAAGAAUAUGGUGCCCCAUGUGCUGUUUGUCACACCCAAGGCCGCACCAGUCAUGUUAUGAUUCCAGCAUGGAAGACUUGUCCCGUUGGAUGGACACGAGAGUAUCAUGGCUACCUGGUUUCCGCUCACCUGAGCCACUAUAAGCAAAGCUACGUCUGUUUGGAUGAAGCUCCAGAAGUGGUUCCAGGAACUGCAGCUAAUAAAGACGGAGCUCUCUUUUACGUAGUUGAAGCUGCUUGUGGUCCCCUCCCCUGUCCUAACUAUGUAGACGGGUGGGAGGUGACCUGUGUUGUGUGUUCUAAGUGA